UAAGGUUCCAAGUUCUGAGCCCAGGUUCUCUGACUCCCAUGCACCAGCUGUGUGGCCCUCACCUGAAUCCUUCCACCCGAAACUGCGCCCUCGGGUUGCAGGAAAAGGAGGGGAUUGAACCUGGGGAGCUCCAUGCUCCGCGCUGACUUUCUUUCUCUAACUCCAGAAGCACAUCUUGUAGGACUGGUGUCCUGAGGAACUGCUGGGGAAAAGGCCGCUCUGGUCCAAGAGCAUCACUGGACAGGGAGCUCCAGGACCGGCAGGAUGGGCUCAGCCUGUAUCAAAAUCACCAAAUACUUUCUCUUCCUCUUCAACUUGCUCUUCUUUAUCCUGGGUGCCGUGAUCCUGGGCUUUGGGGUGUGGAUCCUGGCCGACAAGAGCAGCUUUGUCGCCAUCCUGCAAUCUUCCAGGUCGCUGAAUGUGGGGGCCUACAUCUUCAUUGGCGUGGGCAGCGUCACCAUGUUCAUGGGCUUCCUGGGCUGCGUCGGGGCUGUCAGGGAGGUCCGCUGUCUGCUGGGGCUGUACUUUACCUUCCUCCUCCUGAUCCUCAUCGCCCAGGUGGCUGCUGGGACUAUUUUCUACUUUAGCAUGGGCAAGCUGAAGGAGGAGAUGGGCAACAUCGUAACUGAACUCAUUCGGGAGUACAGGGACGGUCACGAGGACAGCCUGCAGGAGACCUGGGACUACGUACAGGCUCGGGGGAGCUGCUGCGGCUGGGACAGCUUCAUGAACUGGACGGAGAACGCCGAGCUCAUGAACCGCACGGACAUCACCUUCCCCUGUUCCUGUGAGAAAAAGAACAACAACGACAGCCUCUCGGUGACGACGGGCUUCUGUGUGGUCUCCAGCAGUGGGGGCUCGAGUGGCAACGACCCCAGCAGAUGGCCCGUGUACAAGGAGGGCUGCAUGAAGAAGGUGCAGGAGUGGCUGCAGAACAACCUGGGCAUCAUCCUGGGCGUGUGUGUGGGCGUCGCUCUCAUUGAGCUCCUGGGGAUGCUCCUGUCCAUCUGCUUGUGCCGGCGCAUCCACAGUGAAGACUACAGCAAGGUCCCCAAGUACUGAGGCAGCAGCUGUCCCCACCUUCCUGCUCAUCCCCCAAUGUCAGGCUCCUGUGGCUCUCCCUGGCUCCCUCCUCCGGACCUGCCUCCCACCUCACUGCCCAGGUCCUUCACCCAUCCUGGGCUGACUGGAAGUGGGGUGCUUUCUGGGGCCUUGGGUCCCUCUCUCUGCCUUUCUGCUGCUCUUCUGCCCACUGCCCGCUGGAGUUAAGAGCGACACAGAGAACAUGCUCCCUGCAGCAUCCCUGUGCGGUGGGCUGGGGCUCUGCCUGGCCCCUGGGCUGUAUAUAUUGUUUGGGGGAACGUAUAUUAAAAAUGAGGGUGGGGGUGGAGAAGGCACGCUGCACUGGGCUGCCAGGGACUGCCCACUACGUGGGUCAAUUGUUUCGCCCACUAUGAUGCUUAGAUCUGUGGUUUUUACAUUUUCUUGAAAGUGGUGGGGAAGGGUGGCUUUACCUGACAUUGGGAGCAGCACCCCUUCCCCAGCCUCACCCCGGCAGCUCAGAUCAGCCCAGCCACACUGUGGGGGCCCAGGUUAGCUGGGCCAAUGGAGGCUGCCGGUGGGCAGAGGGCCAAAUGCACCCUGGGCAGCCUGGGCAUGACAUGAACUGACCCCCCCCAGCACCCAGGCUGUCCAGGGAGCAGGGAGGAUGGGAGCCUUCUCGUGGGAGGAGCCAGACUGGCCUGUGCUCCGCCCCGUGGAUGUGACUGUGUCCCGUAGGAGACCGCAUGGAAGUGCCACCACAGUUCUAUAAAACGUGCCCGAUUUAGUGAUUGACUAUUAAAGAGAAUUUGUAACAAUCCAGCCUGUGGACUUGGAGACAC